CUUAUCUUCCCCAAGACUUGUGAUACUUACCCCGCUGUUCUCAUGUCAUCAACAUUACUUCCUCUGCUCAUAAGGACCUUGUGAUUCAAGACAAAAACACUCAUCCAGACAAACAUCGGACAACAACAUAACAUGACGGCCAACAGCAAGGAAGGAAACAGCAAAGAAGAGCCCGGCCAUGCGCCGCUGAGUGUAGCCAACGCCGCCAGCAAUGGACCACCAGACGCCCCACCCCCGGCAUACCAAUCUCAUCCCCUUGGCCCCCUCAGUGCCUCCGAGAUCACGCAGAGUUCGUCUCUGAUCAAGGCAUCAUGGCCCGAGGGAACAGAAUGCCACUUCAAGAUCAUCACCCUUCUCGAGCCAGCAAAGGCAGAGCUCAUGCCCUACCUUGUUGCCGAGAGAGCUGGAAAGACACCCCUGGACAUCGACAGACGGGCCUUUGUCGUCUAUUCCUUCCGAGGCACCCACAACGUCCACGAAGCCGUCGUCAACUUGACCAAGAACACGGUCGAAAGCAAUGCCAAGCUGGGACCUUUCCAACAUGCCAACAGCGAUGGAGAGGAGAUCAUGGCAGUGGAGAAGACCCUCCUCGCCCAUCCCGAGGUGCAAGCCGAGAUCGCCAAGCUGAAACUGCCAGAGGGCACCCAAAUCGUUAUUGACCCCUGGAUCUACGGCGCUGAUGGCGUUAAGGACGAGUCUGGCAAGUUCUACGAUGACCUCCGUGUCAUGCAAUGCUUCCUCUACAUGCGGGAUCCCAACAACUCGUCCGAGCCGGAUUCGUGCCACUACUCGUUCCCGCUUCCCAUCUCCCCCGUCAUCGAUCCGGCCACUCUGGAGGUCAUUCGUGUCGAUAUCCUUCCCACCGGUCUCGAUGAGAAGGUUAAGCCCUUGGAACCAUGGCAAUCCCGUCCACCAAACGAGUACAUCCCCGAAGCGCAAGCCUCUCUUCGCACCGACCUCAAGCCUCUUCAAGUCGUCCAGCCUGAGGGGGUUUCCUUCUCCGUUGAACCCUUCUCCGACAUGGGCCGGCUCAUUCGCUGGCAGAAAUGGGACUUCAAGGUCGGCUUCAACCAGCGCGAAGGCAUGGUUCUUUACGACGUGCACUACGACAACAAGCCCCUUUUCUACCGCCUCUCCCUCUCCGACAUGGCUAUCCCCUACUCGGAUCCUCGCCACCCCUUCCACCGCAAAGCCGCCUUCGACUUGGGUGACGCCGGCGCGGGCAUCAUGGCCAACAACCUCAAACUGGGAUGCGACUGUCUAGGCUCCAUCUACUACAUCUCCGGCGUCCUCGCCGACGGCAGCGGCUCCCCCGUCAACAUGCCCAACGUCAUCUGCGUCCACGAGCAAGACGCCGGCAUAGGCUGGAAGCACACCAACUACCGGACCAACCGAGCCGUCGUUACCCGGCAGCGCGAACUCGUCCUCCAAACCAUUCUCACCGUCUCCAACUACGAAUACAUCCUCUCCUUCGUCUUCAACACCUCAGCCGACCUCGCCUACGAAGCCCGCGCCACCGGCAUCUUGUCGACCCAACCCGUCGACCUCUCCCUCUCGCACACUCCGCACCCCUACGGCACCAUCGUGCACCCCGGCGUCCUAGCCGGUUACCACCAACACUUCUUCUCCCUCCGCAUCGACCCAAUGCUCUCCACCUCCUCCACGCCCCUCCUCUCCCCCUCCACCGGCCCUCGCAACUCCAUCGUCUACGAAGAAUGCAAUCCCCUCCCCUUCGACCCCUCCAACCCGUCCGCCAAUUCCCAAAACCCGCACGGAACAGGCUACACCCUCGCCACCACCCCCAUCCUGGAAUCAGGCGGGUACGACCUCUCCCCUUCCACAGGCCGCGUCUUCAAGAUCUUGUCCCCAUCCUCUCAUAACCCCGUCAACAACUCCCCCGCGGGAUAUAAACUGCACAUCCCGCCCAUGCAACCCAUCCUCGCCCACCCUUCCUCGUUCCACCACAAACGCGCCGAGUUCGCAGAUCACAGCGUGUACGUGACCAAAUACCGCGAGGGAGAACUCUACGCAGGCGGGAAGUACACGAACCAAUCCCGCGGCGGCACCGGUGUGCGCAGCUGGGCUGAGCGCAAAGACCGGUUGGAGGAAACGGGUGAUGAUCCGGUGGUUUGGGUACAGUUUGGGUUGCAGCACGUGCCCAGAACGGAGGAUUUCCCGGUGAUGCCGGUUGAGACGACGAGGGUGGUGAUGAGGCCGGCGAAUUUCUUUGAGAAGAAUCCGGCGCUUGAUGUGGGGGAGUCAAGGCAGGAGGUUAAUUGCAGUGUGGGGUUGAGUGAGAAGAUGUUGGCUCAGGCUGGGAAAGUAGGAGGGGUUGUAGGUGAGAAGGUGAAGGAGCUGGGGGAAAAGCUGCUUGGGGUGAACUUGGGAGGGGAGGGUAGUAAAGCGGAGGGGGAGAGCAGUGGGAAGGAUAAGAAGGUUGUUGGAGGAGAGGGAGGCAAGCUGGCGCCGUGCUGUGGGGGACAUGCUUAAGUUAAGGUGUGGUGGUUAAGUGACUCCUUGGGCGCUAGCGGGUUGGGAUGUUAAGUUGUUGAGUUGUUCUUGUUGAUGGUAUCAUGACUGGACCGGACGCUUCAGAAUUUCAAGUUCUCAACA